ACAAUUUUUUCAUUCAUUACCCUUGCUUUGACAGAAAACUAAUUUUUUGGGUUGGGUCUGGUUUCCCUGUCGUGCCCGGAUUGCAUUCCUUUCAAAUCGAUUCCGCGUGUGGACCGCCCGCCAUGGCGCCAUACAUCUUCUUUCAUCCAAUAGUAUUUCUGAUACAAGCUCAUCUCCGAUGUAGGAUGCCAUUUUCCAUGGUUUUAUGCUCAUUAUCUCAUUUAUCCCAAUCAUCAUCGAACAACAGUUUAUAUAUGAUAUAAUCUAUACAUAAUCGUUAAAAUGGUUCGGAGUAGAUCGUCAUCUAGUCGAUGGAGGUAUGUGAAUCCGGCGUAUUAUCUAAAACGACCCAGGCGUCUUGCUUUUCUCUUCAUCGUCUUUGUUUCUGGAACCCUGUUCUUCUGGGAUCGACAGGCUGUAUUUCGCGAGCACGAGGAGGAUAUAUCUAAGUUGAAUGAUGAAGUGAGACGGUUACAAGACCUGCUACAAGAAUUAAAGAGUGGUCGAGUUGUUCCACAUGAGAUAACUUUGGAUGGUGAAAAUCAAGCUGACACAGCCAAGGAAAAAGAUGUGAUUGACGACCCAGCAGAUGCUCAGCGAAGGGAGAAAGUUAAAGAUGCCAUGCGCCAUGCCUGGAGUUCAUAUGAGACUUAUGCAUGGGGUCAUGAUGAACUUCAACCACAAUCACGGAAUGGAGUGGACAGCUUUGGCGGCCUUGGAGCAACUCUAAUAGAUGCUCUAGAUACACUUUACAUAAUGGGACUAGAUGAUGAAUUCCAGAAAGCUAGAGAUUGGGUUGCACACACUUUGGAUUUCAACAAGGACUAUGAUGCUAGUGUUUUUGAGACAACCAUAAGAGUUGUAGGUGGACUUCUAAGUGCAUAUGACCUCUCUAGGGAUAAUGUCUUUCUAAAAAAGGCUCAAGACAUUGCCGAUAGGCUUUUGCCUGCAUGGGAUACUCCCACUGGCAUCCCCUAUAACAUAAUCAACUUGGCUCAUGGGAAUCCGCGUAACCCGGGAUGGACAAGGGGUGACAGUAUCUUGGCAGAUUCUGGCUCUGAGCAGCUUGAAUUUAUAGCUCUUUCUCAAAGGACAGGGAACCCAAAGUAUCAGCAGAUGGUGGAAAAUGUUAUUUUAGAGCUUAACAAAACUUUCCCCGAUGAUGGUUUACUUCCCAUCUACCUCAAUCCACAUAGUUGGAGAAAAUCACACUCAACAAUUACUUUUGGAGCCAUGGGUGACAGCUUCUAUGAAUAUUUACUCAAGGCCUGGAUUCAAGGAAACAAAACUGAUGCUGUAAUGCAUUACAGAAUAAUGUGGGAGACAUCAAUGAAAGGUCUUGAGAGCUUGGUGCGAAGGAGUACCCCUUCAUCUUUUGCAUAUAUCUGUGAGAAGACUGGAGGCUCUUUUAGUGACAAGAUGGAUGAACUUGCAUGCUUUGCUCCGGGAAUGUUGGCCUUAGGUGCUUCUGGCUAUAAUUCUGAUGAAUCUGGGAAGUUUUUAUCAUUAGCAGAAGAGCUUGCUUGGACUUGCUAUAACUUCUAUCAGUCAACAUCCACAAAAUUAGCAGGAGAGAACUACUUUUUCCAUAAAGGGCAGGAAAUGAGUGUGGGGACUUCAUGGAACAUACUGAGGCCGGAGACGGUUGAAUCACUGUUUUAUCUAUGGCGUUUGACUGGAAACAAGACAUACCAAGAUUGGGGUUGGAACAUAUUUCAGGCAUUUGAAAAGAACUGUCGUAUAGAGUCGGGGUAUGUUGGACUAAAAGAUGUUAACACGGGUGUGAAAGACAACGUGAUGCAGAGCUUCUUUCUGGCAGAGACGCUUAAAUAUCUCUAUCUUCUUUUCUCACCGCCUUCGCUGAUUCCCCUGGACCAGUGGGUUUUCAACACGGAAGCCCACCCUUUGAAGAUAAUAACCAGGGAGAGCUCUGCACACCAUCACGACACAUCAGACAUUAGAUCUCGUGGUAGAAGAGUAGGUCAAUUUGAUAACUAGCAUAUAACUCACUGCCCAGUCUUUUGGUUUGAAGGAGCUAAGAAUUGAAUCAUGGAUUUAAAGAAGGCUACAUUUCAAACAAUCACUCCGUAUCUUAUUCUCAGUUUUUAUACGGAGUAGUACACAAUGUAUUCAUGUUAACAUAGUAUGUUGGUUUAGGUUAUAGUGUUAUACUGGUCUGCUCCUAUGCAGUACCCCUUCUGUAAUGUCUUUCUCUGGGUUGGCUUUUUGUGCACAUUUUUAGGUGCCACCUGAGGAAAUGUACUCACUAUUUGAUACUCUAUACUACUCUUUUCUUCUGUAAACAACACUCGUGCGAUGCAUGGUCAAAGCAUUAAAGUAUUGCAAUAUGA